GUUUAGCUUGACUACAAGGGGGGAAAACUACAACAUUUAGUUGUUGUAUUUAUCUGUUCCCUUUCACUUUACACAACACAAUAUAUCUUCUAGUCUGUUUAUGCUUCAAUGUGACUGCAGCUGUGAGGUCACCGGGGUGGACACACACCUGAGCACCAUGGACGGAGAGUGUGUGUCGCUGCUGCCGGCUGUGUGUGAGGUGCUGGCGGCCUCCGGGAGGUCUCUGCCCGAUGACACCAGCCUGGAGAAGCUGCUGGACUGGUUCUCAGGGCUCACAGAGGCCGGGCGAUCUCUGCUGGAGGCCUGCCCCUGUCUGCUUGAAUUCAUAUCAGCUGUGGUUCAAAACACAGCGACAGAUCCCGGUGUCCUCUCCUUCACCCUCAGACUCACCGGCUUAAUGGCUGCCACCGAGGACAGCUUCGUAAAGCUUCAGGAACGCUCAGUUCUGAACCAGGUCUUCCACCUUCAGCACUGGCAAGAAGCAGGACUCUGGGAGGAUCCCUGUUUACGGAUCGGCUGGAUCCAGGGCUUAAAGAGCAUGCUGCAGCACCCAAAGGCUCUCAGUUUCUUUGUGCAAUCAGAUUUCAUUGACCCGCUCCUUCAACUCCAGACUGACACGAGUCUGUUCGUUGCCUCGGCUGCCAAUCAAAUGCUCGCCCACAUCCUGCUCUUCUUUCAGCCGGUUUCGUCUGCAGGAUGUAACGGCGUAGCUGAGAAAGAAGAAGAAGAAGACGGGGGGACGCAUACCAGUGCAGAGUACACUGCUGCUGUCACGGCGAUCUCAGAGUACCUAAAGGUGUCGCUGGUUCCCAAAAAGUACACAGAGCUCCGCCAGAGUCUGCAGAUCCUCAAACUUCUGGCCCUGCUCCUGGCCCCGGCCGGGCCUCCUCUCUCGGACAAGCUGCUCCGGACGGUCGCGGACGCUCUGGAGGAACUGGUGACGGCAGGCUGCAGUCAGCUCACACUGCCUCUGAUGGACGUCAUUCUGGCUGCAUGCAGCCGCUCCGGCGCCGAUGAACGUGUCCCAGACCAACGCGUCAGCCGUCUUCUGUCGUCCAUGUUGAGCAGUAACAAACCCGCCGACCUCAUUCAUGCUGCAGCUGCUUUUCUUCGCAGAGGUCACCACAGCGAUAUUGUCCACACAGCCCGGGCCGUGAGAAUACUACUGCUACCCCUCCACAUUGUUACUGGUCAGACUCUACUGGGCACUAACACCACUGCAGAGGAGCACCAGUCUUCAGUGGCAGAGCAGCUGAAGUGUAAAACCUCCUGCAUCUCUAUGAUCUGUGUCUGUCUGACAAACACGCCACGGAUCACACUCUUGCCUUCUGGAGUCCUCCCCUGUCCUCCAGAUUUAAUUGUCACUGCAGUUCUGUCACUGUUAAGGAUCUGCAGCGGUGUCUCCUCCUCCUCCUCCUCCUCCUCCUCCUCCUCCUCCUCCUCCUCGUCCGCUGGUUGCAGGGAGGUUUGCAGAAACGUUAUCGGCAGUGGAAAAGUUCAGAAAUGUGCCCUCGAGGCUCUGACGGCUCUCAGCAGCAGCCCAGGAGCGACGGAGAAGAUCAGUGAAGUGUUCACAGUUCUGAUGCAAUAUCUGGACAAUCCUGAUUCUGAUCCCACUGUGCUCCACAAGUCCUACCAGGCCUUAGUGAAGUGGAUGAGUGUGUGCACGGACCUGUCUUUUGUAACGGACCAGCUCAGACAAGAUCUCGUGGAGGUGGUGAAGAAGCGAGCGUGUGACAUGCGUUGGGAGGUCAGAGACUCGACGGUGGAGUUUCUGGGACACCUGGCAGGUGUACGUGUCUCUAUGGCAACAGCCGAGGAGGUGCGUGAUGCGUCAGAGGUGCUGCUGGGACGCCGCUGUACCACUCCUCUCCUGAAAGAGGCACUCCAGGAUACGGAGAGCUACGUGAGAGCCAGCGCCAUCUCUGCACUGGCAAAGACACUGACACACAGCUGGCGGCAGGGGGCAGCACAGAGUCAGGAGGAGACUGAAAUAGUGAGCCGGCUGCUUGAAAUCCUCUCCGAGGACACGGAGGGAUUCCCCAGGAGGGCCGUCGUACAAUACUUCAUCUCCUGGUUCUCCUCACGCUCAUCGUCCGCGCCCUCAUCCACCACUUCCCCCUCGCUCCUGAUGCAGUGCGUGCGCUCCGUCCUCUCACAGGGCAGCGCCGAUCUGGACUGGGAGGUCAAAGUUCACACGCUGGAGCUGGCCGAGCUGCUGCUGGACAAAUCCUUUUCAGGUCACCGGGGUUACAGGAAGGACUCAGACGCACAUCGUGCCCAGCCGCACCCUUACGGUGUUGUCUCUGAGCGGACCAGCACUCUUCAUGCACACACAGAGGGGGCGGAGUCAGAUUUGGCCGGCGUGGUCGAGCUCGGGGUAAUCUCUGCGUUGUUUUGUGGUCUGGUCGACUGCGACAGACCUGUGGGACUGAAGGCCUGUCGACUGCUGAUAACACUCAGAGACACAGUCUGCCCUCCGUCGCUAGGGCCACUGGAUGCUACCGCUGCCAUGGCAACGGUAUCCUGUGAACUGCCUGGCCGGGGCUGGGGGCUGGAGAUCAGAAAGACACUGGGGAUGAAGAAGAGUGACAUCACAGCAGAGAAAAGUAUCACAGGAGAGGGAGGCGAUGCUGCGAGCGUGAGCGUGAGCGUGAGUGUGUGUGUGGCGUUGAGGUCUCUGGGUUUGGACGAGAGGCUGGACGUCCUCGCUCAGAGCAGCGACCACGUCCACAACUCCCCCCUCUCUCUGCUGCAGGACAUACUGACCGCCAGGGCCGCUCACACUCAUGCAGACACACAGCCGGGGCAAGAGGUCAUAGUGGACUGCUACUGACACACACACACACACACACACACACACACACACACACACACACACACACACUCACACUCACACUCACACACACACUCACACUCACAGUCGGCCUUAUGUUGGGGUGUUGAUGAACAACACAGUCUCAUCUCAGGGUAAUUUUGUGAUAUUUUAGCUCCUUUAGUAAAAGAGGAGUUACCCUGAUUUUACUGAUGUAUACAUGAAGAGAUCAAUUUCAAUGUUGCAACAUUUUCACUUUGUGAUUUCUGACUUCACAAAAAUUGCGAUGAACAAUGUAUUCUUCGUUUCUCUGCUGUCAAUUAAAUACGCCAACUGAUAACAGUUUUGAGAUUUUUGUAAAAGAUUUUAUAAUAAAAUGUCAUUAAAUACA